AUGGCGAUGAAGCUGAUUGAGAAGACGAUGAACAAGCAAAAGGAGGAGGAAGAUGGAGAUGAGAUCUUUAGGACGAUCGAAGUCGCUAUGGUUGACCGGAGCAACGUAUCUCCGCCGCCGCCGCAGCCGCCGGCUGGUGAUUCUGUUACAUCAUUGCUAGAGGUUUCCGGCGAUGAGCUUAACCUGAUUCCACCGUUGAACUUCGCGAUGGUCGAUAACGGUAUCUUCCGGUCUGGAUUCCCGGACUCAGCGAACUUCUCCUUCCUCAAGACUCUUGGUCUCCGCUCAAUCAUAUCUUUGUGUCCAGAGGCGUAUCCUGAGAACAACAUGCAGUUCCUCAAAUCCAAUGGAAUCAGGCUUUUUCAGUUUGGCAUUAAAGGCUACAAGUGUCUCCCAGGAUUAGAGAACGAGGUUUGGUUGCAUCUUUGGAAUUCUAAGCAUCAGAAAGAGGGUUCCUACACAAAUGGGAAUUCGAAAACUUCGGAGCCGUUUGUAAAUAUCUCAGAUCAUAAAAUUCGUGAAGCACUUAAAGUCCUUCUCGACGAGAAGAACCACCCCCUUCUGAUUCAUUGCAACCGAGGAAAGCAUAGGACAGGGUGUCUUGUUGGGUGCAUGAGGAAACUCCAGAAAUGGUGCUUGACAUCGAUAUUCGACGAGUAUCAGCGAUUUGCAGCGGCUAAAGCUAGAGUUUCAGAUCAAAGGUUCAUGGAGUUAUUUGAUGUUUCGAGCUUCAAGAAUGUUCCAAUGUCUUUCUCUUGCUCCAGUAGGUAG